UUGUAUAUUUGGCUCUAGGCUUGACUGCCGACCCAUGCGCUGGUGCACAGGGCAGACUACAGAGCCAUGGAGGCUACUGCAUGCCUGAGAUAAGACAGAAGGGGCGGCUGCUUAUCUCCUUCUUUCCAGCCUGCGGGAAGAAAACGGCUCAAAGAUGAAAGUAAUUCGAGUUGGUACCCGUAAGAGCCAGCUGGCUCGCAUACAGACAGACAGUGUGGUGGCAAUGCUGAAAGCCUUAUACCCUGGCCUGCAGUUUGAAAUCAUUGCUAUGUCCACCACAGGGGACAAGAUUCUUGAUACUGCACUCUCUAAGAUUGGAGAGAAGAGCCUGUUUACCAAGGAGCUAGAGUAUGCCCUGGAGAAGAAUGAAGUUGAUCUGGUCGUUCACUCCCUGAAGGACCUGCCCACCGUGCUGCCUCCUGCCUUCACCAUUGGAGCCAUCUGCAAGCGGGAAAACCCCUGUGAUGCUGUUGUCUUUCACCCAAAAUUUGUUGGGAAGACCCUAGAAACCUUGCCAGAAAAGAGCACUGUGGGAACCAGCUCCCUGCGGAGAGCAGCUCAGCUGCAGAGAAAGUUUCCACAUCUGGAGUUCAAGAGUAUUCGGGGAAACCUCAACACCCGGCUUCGGAAGCUGGAUGAGCAGCAUGAAUUCAGUGCCAUCAUCCUGGCUGUGGCUGGCCUGCAGCGCAUGGGCUGGCAGAACCGGGUGGGCCAGAUCCUACAUCCAGAGGAAUGCAUGUAUGCUGUAGGCCAGGGGGCCCUGGCUGUGGAAGUCCGAGCCAAGGACCAGGACAUCUUGGAUCUAGUGGGUGUAUUACAUGAUCCUGAGACUCUGCUUCGCUGCAUUGCUGAAAGGGCUUUUCUGAGGCACCUGGAAGGAGGCUGCAGUGUGCCAGUAGCAGUGCAUACAGUGAUAAAAGAUGGGCAACUGUACUUGACUGGAGGAGUCUGGAGUCUAGAUGGCUCAGAUAGCAUGCAAGAGACAAUGCAGGCUACCAUCCAUGUCCCCACCCAGUAUGAUGGCCCAGAGGAUGAUCCACAACUGGUAGGCAUCACUGCCCUGAACAUUCCGAGAGGAGCCCAGCUGGCUGCUGAGAACUUGGGCAUCAGCCUGGCCAGCUUGUUGCUGAACAAAGGAGCCAAGAACAUCCUGGAUGUUGCACGGCAGCUUAAUGAUGUCCACUAAAUGGCCUGUGGGGUUCAAGUGUUUGAAUUGCCACUUUCCAGUGCCUAUGUCUAGCCUUCAGGACCCCUGUGAUCAAUGGGGAGUGAUUACCCCAGACUGAACUGCAGGGUCUGAGACUUCCAAGGACUUGCCUCACCUUGGGGCAUUGAUGACUGCGCCUUGCCUUCUUUAAAUGGGCGUCAUCUCUUUUUAGACAUCCAAGCUAGUCUUUGAAUGUAACCAACUCUAAUAAACCAGCUCUGAAAAAUG